UGAAAGUAGGUCGAUGUUAAAUCCAUUCAGUAAAUAUGAAGGCCUUUUAGAGGAUGAUAUUUACCGUUUGGUUUGGAUGUUAGGUCGAGGAGACAUUUGGCAAGAGGAAGCGCCCCAGUUUCACACACGCCUGCAGUGGCUUCAGUCUCAGAUAAGACUUGUGCGAGGGCAGCCAGAAGAAGCUGCUUAUUACUUGGAGCUGCUUUUGGGUGAUCUAAGUCAUUUAGCCAGUGAAGGCAAUAAGGAGUAUUGUUGUACAAGAGCAAGAGUAGAAUCUGAUAAUGUUGUCGUUUGCUACUCGGAAGUGAAACGUCAGCUUAACGUCUUGCAGAGGUCUCACAUGUUGGAACAGGUAGUUGACAAUUAUACCGAUGGGCGGUACAGAGUGGUAGCAGACUUGCUAACUACGAUUUUCCAUGAACCGCUGCCCAAGUCACGCCCAGGGGUAACUCUGCCAACUCGACAAACACAGUUGGCUAUCCUUGCGGAUUCUCUAUACAAGCUCUCAGAAUAUAAGGAUGUCAUUUAUUGGGGCUCCUUCUCCUUGACGGAAGCACUCAUGCGCUACAAUAGAGCAGAAGCCGAAGAGGAGAAAAAUCGAUGGGCCAAAACACUCAUGAAGAUCACUGAUACUAUGAAUACUAUGCUGAUAAAUGACAUUACCAUACUCAUGAGCGUGGAUCGGGAGCGGUUGUCGGAGAUUGUAGGUACUCUCAUUAGGAUGUUAGUGGUGCAGUUAGAGAAGCCACAGAGUACUCUUAUUCUUCCCUUUGAGACACUGACCCCUUGGAUGCUCCUGCAUCGCAUAUUGUCUCAUGAGGAAAGCUUUCAAGCUGCAGAAGUCAAGAAGGUUGACACCUCCCCACGAGAAUCUGAUGGGCAAACCCCUGAAGUGAAGGUGUCCGAUGCUGUGAAUGGGGAAAAGGAUACUGAAGAUAAUGAAAAUACCAAGAAAGCUGAUAUAUCGAGUUCAACAACAAGUAACCCUCAAGGAAUGGGGUCUGUUGAUCAGAAAGCCAUUGAACCAGCCGAGUCUAAAGGAACUGAGGUAGCUACAUCAGUCAGGGGACCAUUAACACCUUAUCCUUCAACGCUCUUUCUCAUCACUGCUCAUGAUGAGCUUGGCAAGCAUUCCUGGUGCUGCUCUGACGACGGUAUAUUCUUGCUUUAUUGUCUGGAUGUCCUUCUUGUUGAGCUUCGUCGACCUCUUGAUAGCCAGCACAGAGUGUUGCUGCAUCACACUCUUGAGCAAGUCACAUUCUGUCUGUAUUCCCAUCCUUCGAAAAAAUCAAAGCACAAACACCUUCGCGAUCAUGGAGUACCCCAGAUUGCUUUUUGCUGGGAAAGAGCAAUGCAGUUGUACCAAUAUUAUCGACCAAAUGUUUUGCCUGAUUUCCAGACAUCACAGAUACCUUCCAUAACUGAUGAUGCAGCUGUGCUCUUCAGAAGAAUAAUUGCACUCCUUCCUGAUGAAGCCAAGCCAGAUGACCAGACGCAGGGCGUCGAAGCGUACAUCAAUGGGGAGGUUGCAGAAUGUAACUACUCUCCUUUUGCACCUCCCACUGAUAUCAUAAGUGACUGUUUUUAUCUUUUGGGCGAUUACUAUUUUAAGAAUAAAGAGUGGCAGAAUGCUAUCAAGUACUAUAAACUUGAUUUGUCCAUUAAUAAAGAAAGACUCGAGUCAUGGGCACCUUUGGGUUUGUCCAUGAAAGCCAUGCUGGAGACUCAAUUAAAUUCAUGUGAAGUCAUUGAAGAUGAGGAGGCCUUUUUCUCACUUGCCAAAGCUGCAGUUCAGUGCCUCCGUCAAGCGCUCAAGCUUGAUCAGUACCAUACUAAUCUGUGGGUUGAGUUUGGUGGAUUAGUUUACAUGGUCCAUUCUCAUGCUUCCAGACUUCUCAAGCAAGAGCUUAACCCAGAUAUUAGUCUUGAAACCUUUGACAUGCUUGAAAAAUUCAAGAAUGAAAUGCUCGAUUUGGCUGAGAAUUGCUUUACCAGGGCACUGACCAUACAGGAAGAUGGUUAUGAAGAAGGACUUCCAGAUGAGAGGUGGCUUCACUGUUACAUGUUAGGAAAAGUGUCUGAGAAAAAAGGAAGGCCACCACAAACUAUUAUUCAGUAUUACUUGAAAGCUGCAAAUUACCUUCAUAAUAUAAGGGCAAAAUAUCCAACAAGAAUAAACUACAACAGUCCACAAGAGUUCUCUGUUGAGGCCCUGGAAAUGUAUUACCGCAUCCAUGCCUUUGUUCUGAAAUAUUUGCAUCAGAGGGAGGGUAGAGAUGUUGAUCCUGUAAUAUUGGACACUUUUACUAAGUGCCUGGAUGAACUAGAGACUAGUUCUUUUGCAACUUGUAGAGAGAAGAGAAACACGAGUGGGACAGACGCAAAGGGUGAUGAUUUCCUGAGUGGAGAUACACCGAGCAAAAAGAGGUCAUUGGAAGAUGUUUCUGAUAUUGAGCCACCAGCCAAGAAACACCUGAGUGACGUGGGGGGAAAUGAGGAUAAAAGUGCCACAAAGGAGGAAAUGCAAAUAGCAGAUGACAAGCAGGACUCAAAAGUUCCAGUGGAGAUAAAAAAGGAUCCAGUGGAUAAAGACAAAAAAGAAAGUGAUGAUGAGAUUCAGGUUGUUGAGGAAAAAGUUAUUGAAAAGAAGGAUCAUUACACUAUCGUUUCAAGAUGUUUAGCUGCCUUACGCAUGUGUCUUUCCAGGUUUCAGGAGCAUUACAAGACUAUGUAUCGUUUGGCACAUUAUUACCACGUGUCCAAGUUCCACAAGGAUAAUAAUAAAGCACAGAAUUAUUUGCUGGGCUGCCAUCUCUGGCAGAAUGUUGGGUAUAUGCCAGUAAAUGGUCUCUUCAAUGAAAGAAAGGUUUGGAUUCAGCAACCAAAGAAUUCCAAUUUCUUCCAUGGUGUGUGGCGUAUCCCAAAUGAUGAAAUUGACAGACCUGGUAGUUUUGCUGCUCACAUGUAUCGCUGUGUUUCACUUAUUUUGGACAUUCUCCCUCAAAUGAAAGAUUUCUUUAUGAUUCUUCAAAUUGCAUUAGCACUCAAAAAUUCUCCUGACAAAGAUAAGAAGUACUUGCGUGAUAACGAGCGAGAAUUGUUGUCAGAACACGCAACGCAAGUAGGUCUUCAAACAAUGAAAGAUAAAUUCAAAGUUAUGUUCAAAGGACCUGCACCUGUAAACAGUAAUCGCCACCUUAGAUUUUUGCUUGAUGUAUAUAAAUGCUAUAAGCAAGUUAGCAAACAUCUACCAGGAUCUGAACCUCAUUUUGCCAAGAUGUUGACUGAUGCGUAUGCAGCCUACAAGAGUAUUAAAGUUGAAAAUCGAUCCAAUGUUUUACGGGAAGCUGAUUCAUUUUGCAAUAGGCACCAGUACCUAGCACACCGGGCUCCUAUCAAUAACCCUGCUAAUGUAAGGAAUCCUUUGAGCAAUACUGGAAGCGGUGGUCUACCUCCUCCUGUUGCUCGUCGAGGAAGACCACCUCUGACAGGUCGUGGACGAGGGAGAGGCCGAGGGUCUGUGUACAGCACUACCAGUCGCACCGUUGGAGAUAUGUUAGCUGUUCAGCAGGCAUACAAGAUAUAUGAGAGUCUGAUUAGUACCCAGACUUUACUAAACAAAAAGGAUCUUGGCCAGGUCCAGGUUUAUAACUACCAGAAACAGCUUGAGAGUUAUCAAACUCAAUUGAUGAAAUACUUACAGAUUCCUUGUGUGGCUCAUUAUUUUCAGGCCUCACUGCAAGGGUUAGGAACAACAUCCACAAAGUUGCCCCCACCUAGGCCAAAUCAAUCUGGUGGUAGCAGUGCUAUACCAAAUAGAGGCAAUGAAAUGGUUAGCAACUCUACAAUUUCCCCUGUGAAAUCUUCAUCAGUCAGUGUAGUAAGUAGUACACCACCUUCAGGAACUUCAGGGUCAUCUUCAAUCGCUAAGCCUGACCAACAGAGAGCAUCACUCAGUGCCUUGGCAGCUAGAUCACAUGCACAUGGAAUUUCCAUAACAUCUGUGUCUGGAACAAAGGGUCCUAGUACACAGAGUCAGCCAUUAAAGCCCAACAUGUCUGUCACUGUCAGCCCAGUGAAAUCCUCUGGCACUCCUUCAGUGAAAUCCUCUGGCACUCCUACAGUGAAGGGAUGUGAUAUAUCUGUCGUGUCCGUUUCUCAGACAUCCCCAGUUAAAACCACCUCUGCUUCUGUUUCUCCUUCAAAGACUGAAACAACCAAGUUAUCUUUACCAGCUUCAACAACUGUGAAACCUAUUAGCCCCUCUCAGGGUUCUGUAAGUUUCAAGACAGGUAGUUCUGUUCAAGUAACAAAUCCACCAUCUUCGACAGAAGGGUUCAGUACUUUCAAAGCUAUAACAUCACUUGCAGGUGGUUCUACUACCAUUAAACCUAGUUCUUCAUCUGGAACUACUACCCUUUCAGUAGUAAGCACCUCCUCAGGAGGAUCCACAACAAUCAAGACAAUUACUUCAGGUACAACAGUGACCACAGCUUUCAAGCCUGUCACGUCUCUUGCUGGAAGUACAACUCUUUCUAAAGUAAAUCCAUCUUCUUCUGUGACUGCUUUCAAAUCUUCUACAUCAGGAAGUACUGUGCCCAAACUUCCUGCAGGAACUACACUGACACGUCCACGAGAGAUUUCCUCAGAAAAAGUAUCCGUUUCCCGUGAGCAUCUACAAGCAAGCGGACGUCCUGCAAAAAGUAAUCUUGAGAGUGUUAUACCAAGUAGUAGCAUGCCAUCAUCCAAACCAAGUGAUUCAAGUAGCUUAGGAAGAACACAUUCAGGCCUCUCUAGUAAACCUUCAUUACCAAAAGAUAUGACCAUUACUCCAGCACCUCGUGUUAAGACACAAGCUCGCCAAGCAAUUGCACCUGUCAGGCCUGUUAACUCUCCCUCUACAUCUUUCUUCCGAGCUUUUGAAGCAUCGCUCGGAUUAAAUAGCAGCAAAAGCGUUCCUGAAAAAAGCUCUGCCUACAGUAAAUCUCGAGGGGGAAGUUCUAUGGGAAGCAGACCAAUUAGUCAAAGUCAGACAACAUCAGUCUCCAGUGCUCAAGGAAGAGUUACUCAGCUUACUCCUCAGGAACUUUUGCAGUUAGCAUAUAGAAGUGAAAGCCAUGGUCAGUUAUCGUUAAGCCAUGUUCCGAAUUCUGGAGGCCACAAGCAGUCUACAAGUACUACAUCACCUUAUUCUGGGCAGUAUACAAAGACAACACAGCAGCUGAGAGCACAGGCCAAACCUACUUCUUCAUCAACAUCAUCACCUGCUUCCACCCUAACUGGGCUCCAGAGCUCAGGACAUAAGACAACACCACAGCAAUUAGGAACUCAACAACAAAUAUCUAGUCAGCAGUCAUCAAGACCUGCACAACCGUCAAGCUCUGUCUCACAAGUAAACAUUGUUAAUAAGUCAAGAACAGCACAGCCAUCAAGCUCUGUCUCGCAAGUAAACGUUGCUAAUAAGUCAAGAACAGCACAGCCAUCAAGCUCUGUCUCGCAAGUAAACGUUGCUAAUAAACCAAACACAUCGAAAAAGCCUAGUGAUUCCUCUGAUGAUAUCAUAACUUUAGAUUGAACAGGGAAUUUUAUCUUGCAUUCUUUUUCUUAUUUGUUUUAUAAUAGGCAAAUUUCUGUGAUCAAACAGACUUUUUGUAAAUACAUAGAGUGAAAUUUUCAUUCAUGUUGAAAUGAAAUAGAUAUCCAUUAUGUUGUAGAAAUUGUGUUGCUAAGCAAGAAAGCUCAAGGUCCUAGUUCUUGUGCACCAGUUGAAGAAGUGGGUCAGAACAAGUUGCUCGAUGUAUAAGGUGAUUUUGACACAAAGACUGAGGUUAAGUACAAGUGCUUGAACAUUUGGUCUUCCAGUAAGCUGCAAGAUCAACUUCAGUUUCAUUAUAUAUCUAGCACUUGAGUGUUUAUCCUUUCCAAGUGAUAUAUAAGUUUGUGACUGUUGCCUGAUGCAAGUAAUAUACUCUUAUCAUAUUGAGCUACCAGAGGUAAGGCAGAUAAAAUGGGAAGUUCAUGUCAAACCCAGUGAUUGUAUUCUUUAUAAUUGAACUGUAGCUUAUUAGAAAUAUGCAGUAGGAAAUUCAUUGACACUUAUUUUGAGAUCCACAUGAUAAUGCAACUUUUAAACUAAAGAUUAAUGCAAGUCCUGCAACAAAUAUGCAAGCAACUUUUUUAUCUCUUUGUUGGAUUUACUUUGGAUUAGGAACUGCAAGUUUUCAGCAUGUGGAUGUUUGGAUCUACAGGAGACAAAAAGAAAUUUUUAAUUGUUGAUUUAGCCACAGAUAGUAGAAAUGUAAGAAAAUUCAGCUGAAUAAAAGAAAUCUUAGUAUUAUAGAAGGCAAGAGAGAUUUAAUGAAAGUGGAAAAAUUACCAACUGAUUCAUAAACUUGGAAAACGUAUCAAAACUAAAACUAUGAGAAUGGACAGAGACUGCAGUAUUCAGGAGGUCUUAAUUUAGGGGAAAAUCACUCUGAAAAGAGUGGAAAAUAUGUAGUUACGUAUAAAAGUAAUUGUUGAAAGUUUUUAUAAAAAAUGAAAAAAACUGGAAGCUAAAGAGUUAAAGGGAAAAUUUUGAAAAGAAAUAAACUAUAUAGUGCCAAGUGCAGGUCAAAGAAGUGCACUGUGUUUAUCCAGAUAUAGUUUUAUGUUAAUUGUGAAUGUUAUGUUUCUUUCCAACCUGCUUAAUGCAAGCUUUUUUGUAAUUUUUUCCACCUUUGCGGUUUAUUUCAUCUAGGAAUAUAGAGAUGUUCCACUUUUCUAUUGUCUAAUGUUUGUGUUUUCAGUAUUUUUAGGCAUGUCAUUUGUAUCUGAUAUUAUAGUCUUUUUAAAGGUCUUUUUGUUUUUAAGUCUCUCUCUCAUAGGAACGUGAAGUUUAUGGAUUAUAUUUGCAUUUGUACUUGUCAUACAAGAUAACUCACUAAAGAUUUAUGUUUCAGACAUGGAAGGACAGUGAAAAGUAAUAGGAAUGAUAAUUUAUUUAGCGAGUGAUAUAUAAAAUAGAAGGAGACAAGCAUGGGAAAAUAUUGUAAAUAAGGAGUCUAAGUUAAAGUACCAUUUGUACUUUUGUGUGAAAAAAAUGUAAAUUAAUUUUAAGUUUUUAAAUAUACUUACUUGGUACAGUA